AUGUGGCAGCGCACGGUUCAGCUCUACGUUGUGGCCUGCGGGCUUUUGCUGGCUCAAGAAUGGCCGGGCACAACGGCUUGGCAGCCGACUGACCUCGUCGACCUCUACAUUGGCACGGGUGGUUUUGGCUUUGGGGUGGGUGGUAAUCCACCCGGGCCCCAAGUGCCCUUUGGUAACAUGCGCCUCUCCCCAGAUACAGCCUAUGCCGAUGACGUCUGGCUCGAUUUUCAACACUAUGGAGGUUAUCAUUUCAACGACACGUACAUCCGAACCUUCUCCCACACCCAUAUGGUUGGCCCCGGCGUGGCUGAUCUUGGCAACCUUGGCUUGAUGCCGACCCGCGGCCGCAUGCCCGAUUCGUUGCUUCACUACCUCUAUGGGUCACGCUUCUCCCACGACCAUGAGAUCCUUCAACCGGGCUACUAUAGCGUGCUUUUGCAGGAUUCGGACAUUAACGCCUCACUGACGGCCUGCGGCUCACAUGCGGGCUGGCAUCACUAUGCCCCUUUGCCCAACACAAACAAUACGUACAGCAUCGUCCUCGACCUGGCCCACGCACUCUCUGAUGGUGCCGUCAAGGAUGGCAAUGUCACCAUAUCGGCAAACCCUACCCUGAGCCCAGCAGUCCUCAACGUUGAGGGCUGUCUCCUGAACGAUGGCGGCUUGUCGGGUCGCAACGGCAAAGGCGUGACCUUAUGCUACACCAUGCAAAUCACAGCCUCCGAUAGCCUGACAGUAGCAGGUCUUUGGAACACGUCACAGCGGCAGCUACAGGCAGUUGGCACCAUCAGCGGCGCCGACGUCGGUGCUGUCUUUGAGGUCACUGGCACCGCAGAUAUUGCCAUUGCAAUCAGCUACAUCAGCAUAGAUCAGGCCAAGACAAACUUUGCCCGACAAGCCGCCAAUCAGUCAUUCACUAGCUGUCGCGCUACCAGCCACCAACUCUGGGCUGACCUGCUCGGCAAGGCCCUCAUGUGGCCCGCCGCUCUCUCUUUUGGACAGGUGGAGGUCCAUACCGACGCCACCAGCGGCGAAAUUCACGACCGCUUGACCAAGUUCUACACAGCCAUCUAUCAUAGCUUCCAAGCACCCACCCAGUGGAGUGAAGAAGGCGGCUACUAUCUGGGCAUGGAUAACCAGCUGCACCAAUUGCCCGCCGGCAUGGGCGCCAUGUACACGGACAUGUCCAUUUGGGAUACGCAUCGUAGCCAGAUUGGUUCGCAUGCAGACGUCAUGAUUGCCGACGCCGUGUCCAAGAACCUGACUGAUUUCGACGUGCACACGGCCUUUGAAGCCAUGUACCUCCAGGCAACCCAGGCUCAGCGACCACAUAGUGGAUGGACGGACCUCGAAGACUACGUCCGCCAAGGAACUACGGGGUACCUGCCUACUCCCCUCACCUACUUUGCAGCUAUGUACCUGAGGAAGCAACCCGCUACCUGGAUGACCAGGCGCACUGACAAAGGCUAUUUUUGUCAGCGCAAGAAUGCCAGCGAUGAAGUCGACUGCGUCCGAGACCCGAGCUUUCAAUCCUGGCUCUUCAAUGAAGAGGACGGCUUUUGUGAGGGCGAUGCGGCCGAGUGGCGCUGGUUUGUGCCUCACAACUUAACGGGCCUGGUCGAGCUCUAUGGUUCCAAUGAUACGUUUGUUAAGGAGCUUGAAAAGUUUUUGAUUGAUACCUUCCGCUACAACAGCACUGACCUGCCCAACCCGAAUUACUGGCCCGGCAAUGAGCCCGGUCUGAUGACGCUCUAUGUGGCCAACGCGGCCGGACGCCCUGACUUGACGCAAAAAUACGUGCAUCUGAUUGUGGACCAGUACUAUCCUGUGGCCCCGAACGGCAUCCCCGGCAACGAUGACUACGGGGCCUUGAGCUCCUGGUUGGUAUUCUCCAUGCUGGGCUUUUAUCCCCGGGCCGGCUCUGCGGAGUACUUUAUCGGAUCGCCCUUCUUCAACAACGUCACCGUCCAUCUCUCGCGAGGGCCUCUGACGCUUGAAGCUACCAACUGGAGCGCGGCCGCGCGAGCCGUGGCCACGGUUUCCGUUGACGGUCAAACCUUGCCCGUUGAGCACUAUUUUGUAUCUCACCAAACACUGAGCUCGGGCUCCGCUGCUGUCCGCUUUGCCAUGGCCAACUAG